CUCCUUUUUUUUUUGGUUUUGUUGCUCCGACCUCUUUUUUUUUUUUUUUUUUUUGUUCUUUAUUAUCACCCUCUCGUGUGUAUGAUGAGCUCCAGCCUGCUGGAAAACCCCGUGCAGGCGAUUUUGUACCUGCGGGAGCUCACCACCAUCGUCCAGAACCAGCAGAGCCUCAUCCAGACACAGCGCUCCCGCAUAGAGGAGCUGGACCGGCGGGUGGAUGAUCUCAUCGGCGAGAACAGGCACCUGCGCGACGUCCGCGUGCAGCAGCAGCAUCCAUACCCUUCCUUCCCCCAUCUCCUUCAUCAUCACCAUCACCCUGACCCGGGCUGCCUCCAUCAUCUCCACCUGGUGCAGGACCUCCAGACCAAGACCGCUGCAAGCUCUCAGCCGGACCACGAGGAAGCUCCGCCGGUGCAACAGGACGAGGGUGACGCGGUGGUCCAACCCCCCGCCCUGGACCCAGGGGACAUGCAGCUGGUUCCUGCCGACCCGACCAUGGUUUCCCCGGCGGGAAGUGACCCGGAAAACUGCGGAAGUUUCACCGGCUGCCGCUCUUUGGUUCCGAUGACCCCGACUACUCUUUGCAGAUCCCUGGCCCUCGCUAAGACGUCCGAAAGCGAGACGGUGCUGCAUCAGUUCUGCUGCCCCGCCCCCGAGCAUCCUGAUGUCGAUGCGAGCAACUCUUCCAGCGGCCAGUUGCUGAGCCUGGAGGAUGGAACGUCCUCUGGGGGACAGGAAGUGGAGGGCACCAAGCGGGAGGGGCCCAGCGAGUAUGAGAUCUCCCUGGAGAAUAAAAACAAACAGAUAGAAGAGCUGGAGCAGAAGUACGGAGGCCACCUCAUCGCCAGACGAGCCGCCCGUCGCAUCCAGACAGCUUUCCGGCAGUACCAGCUCAGCAAAAACUUCCAAAAGAUCCGCAACUCCCUCUCGGAGAGCAAGUUGCCCCGCCGGAUCUCCCUGCGGCACCCUAGCCCUUCAGGGCGAAACCGGAAUACCGCCCAGAGACACAGUUACUCUCUUCAUCCGGGAGGGGGACAGAUACCGCUACGCUCCAAAACGCCGCCGCCGCCACCGUGUCGCUCCACAUCCCUGCCUCCUUCUCCUGCAUCCGCGGCAGCAGCAGCAGCAGCUUCUGCUCCAAGCUCAGGACCAGCACCCGCUCAAAGUCCCGGACCCUCACUUUCACAGCUGGAAGACUGCUUCUCUGAACAACUUCACUCUCUGGCCCAGUCGAUAGAUGAAGCCCUCCGUGGUUGGAGCAUGUCAGAAGGUGGCGAAGGCAAAGGCCUCCUCAUGGACCCCAGUGCCCUUAGAGCAGCUGCUGAGAGCGCCUGCCUGCCCCGCAGCGCCAGCUCUCUUCUCAUGGCCUUCAGGGACGUGACGGUGCACAUUGACAGCAAUAGCUCCUACACCAUCUCCUCCGCCACCACCACCACAACCACCGCCUCGCUAGGCAACGCAGCCCAGGCGGGCAGCAGAAAGACCUCCUUGAGCGGGAUGGGUGGGAUAGGGUUCGGAGGAGGGGACGGGUUUUCAGCGGAAGGGAUGGAGCCGGAGUUUCCCGCACCUCCCCCCAGUGAGGAGCUGGAAAUGGUGGAUCCUGGAUCAAGGAGGGGGUCUGCCGUGCCCCUCCCAGGGGUGGGGGGAUUUCUAGAGGGGGAUAACCUCCUAGGCAGAGUGGGGUCCACCUCCACGUCUACCUCCACGUCCACCACCAUUGCCACCUCCACCCUGUCCAACCAGCAGCCUGCCCAGAUUUACACCCAGUACCAGCAGUACCACUACACGCACCCCCAGCAGGUGGCAGCGGGCACCAGUCCUGACGCCCUUCAGGCUCUGGUGGUCUCCUUGCCCAGGGACCGUUGCCAGGAUCCAGCUUCCUGCCGGUCUCCCACCUUCUCCACAGACACACACCGCAAACGGCUCUAUCGUAUUGGACUCAACCUCUUCAAUGUGAACCCGGAGAAAGGCAUCCACUUCCUGAUCACGCGUGGCUUCGUCCCGGACACGGCCAUCGGCGUGGCUCACUUCCUGCUGCAGAGGAAAGGUCUGAGCAGGCAGAUGAUUGGAGAGUUUCUGGGCAACAGCAAGCUGCAGUUCAACAGAGAUGUUCUCGAUUGCGUCGUAGACGAGAUGGAUUUCUCCGGCAUGGAGUUGGACGAAGCGUUGCGAAAGUUCCAGGCUCACGUUCGUGUCCAGGGCGAGGCGCAGAAAGUGGAAAGACUCAUCGAGGCCUUCAGCCAGCGCUACUGCAUGUGUAAUCCGGACGUGGUGCAGCAGUUCCACAACCCCGACACCAUCUUCAUCCUGGCCUUCGCCGUGGUCCUCCUCAACACGGACAUGUACUCGCCCAACAUCAAACCGCAGCGCAAGAUGGGCCUGGACGACUUCAUACGCAACCUGAGAGGUGUGGACGAUGGAGCAGACAUCCCCAGGGAGAUGGUGGCGGGCAUUUAUGAGAGGAUCCAGCAAAGAGAGCUGAGAUCCAAUGAAGACCACGUCACCUACGUGAGCCGAGUGGAGCAGUCCAUCCUGGGCCUGAAGACUAUCCUGGCCGUACCCCACAGACGUCUGGUGUGCUGCUGUCGCCUGUUUGAGGUCCCAGAUGCCAACAAACCUCACAAACAGAAACUGUCGCAGCUCCAGAGAGAGGUCUUCCUCUUCAAUGACCUGCUCUUGAUCCUGAAGCUGUGCCCGAAGAAGAAAAGCUCAGCAUCUUACACCUUCUGUAAAGCCAUGGGUCUUCUGGGGAUGCAGUUUCACCUCUUCAGCAAUGAAUACUACGCCCAUGGUGUCACCAUGCUGAGCCCGUUUACCUCAGAGAAGAAGCAGCUGGUCAGCUUUUGCUCGCCGAGCGGGGAGGAGCUCAGGAAGUUUGCGGAGGAGCUCCGAGAGGCCAUUUCCGAGGUCAACGAGAUGGAGCACAUACACAUCCAGUGGGAGCUGGAGAGGCAGCAAGGCAUCCAGCCACACAGCAUCCACACCAAUGGAGGACAAGUAGACGUGCACACGGGACACGGCUCCCCCUCAGGUCAACAAGACGUGUACGAUAAAACGGGCAACAACAACACAGUGGAGGUGUCAAUUCACAACAGGCUGCAGACCUACCAACUGAGCCCGCCCAGCGUUGAGGCCCCGCCCCUGGCCCUGACCGCCCCGCCCGCCCUGCUAGGCCCCGCCCAGGCGGCCGAGCUCCGCCCGGAGACGCUCAUCCAGUGCCAGCAGAUCGUCAAGGUGAUCGUGGUGGACCAGAGCGGGCGGGGCCGCAUGGAGGCCUUCCUCAGCCAAGGGCCGGCCGCCCACCAGCUCCUCCAGUCGGCCAUGUCCACCCCCGUGCACGUCAGGGAGGGGGACGGGCCCCAGCCACCCUUGCCGCCGCCCCCGCCCCCUUACAACCACCCCCACCAGUUCUGCCCGCCUGACUCGCCCAUGCCGCUCCAUCACACCAUGCCGCUCACUCGUCGCCGUAACUCCAGCGGCUCCCGCAGCAUCGUCUGAGACACCCCAGGGGUCCGCCCCGUGCCCACUCGCCCUCAUCCCCCAUGUUGGGACAAUCUCUUUUGGUAAGAAGAGCAACAAUGCCUCCAUGACAAGACAAUUAGCUGAAUCACCAUUGUCAACAUGGACGCCAUUUUUUUUUGAAGAAGAAGAAGACACCAACAAUACACGCCGCCUGGUAGCUGAAGAUGUCACCCUCUUUGAAAAGACUAUUUUGAUCCACAUUAGUUUACUAGAAAUAUGAAGGACGUACGCUUAUUUCCUCCCACAGGAGAACCACUCGCACAUGAAACCGAACAUCUCAGCACAACUAAUCAAACCAUUUCUUUCUUAUCUCGCUAAUGUGAAGAAGAAAAAAAGACAUGCCUAUCUGUGUCCUUUCUUAUUUUAGGGUAAGGAAUUUCCUGCGAGGCAAAAAAAGGCAGUACGUCAUGUACAGAAUGAUGUCAUACAGUCUCAUGUCUCCUGCUUGUCAAGAUAAGGACGAUUCCAAGAAGGAGUGUCGGGCCCACACUGACAAUGUAAUUCAAAGAAGGAAUGUCGGGGCCACACUGACAACGUAAUUCCAACAAGAAGUGUCAGGGCCACACUGACAAUGUAAUUCCAAAAAGGAGUGUCGGGGCCACACUGACAAAGUAAUUCCAAGAAGGAAUGUCGGGGCCACACUGACAACGUAAUUCCAACAAGAAGUGUCAGGGCCACACUGACAAUGUAAUUCCAAAAAGGAGUGUCGGGGCCACACUGACAAUGUAAUUCCAAAAAGGAGUGUCGGGGCCACACUGACAAAGUAAUUCCAAGAAGGAAUGUCGGGGCCACACUGACAACGUAAUUCCAACAAGAAGUGUCAGGGCCACACUGACAACGUAAUUCCAAAAAGGAGUGUCGGGGCCACACUGACAACGUAAUUCCAAGAAGGAGUGUCGGGGCCACACUGACAACGUAAAACACGUCACGCCACUAAAGUGAAAUUGCAACUUUAAAAAGUGCAUUUCUUCACAAUAAUCCAUUGAAUUUAAUUGAUAUUAAUUUGUCGUUGAGCAAAGUCAACAAUAACAGCAUUCAUUUUGAAUACAGUAGGUCCGGAUUGACUCAUUCCUGUGAGAAUCCUGCGUGAGAAUGAAGCAUUAAGGUGGAUUCUUCACUCAUCCUUUAAGGGAGGGAAGAGGAAAAGACUAAUUCAGACCGGCUGUUAACAGUAAAAUUAUAACAUUACUUUUUUCAUAAUUUAAUUCUUGUAAAAUUACACUAAAAUGUUUUCUUCAUCUUUUGUUCCAAAAUAUUAUAUGCAAACUAUCACAUAAUUCUUGCAAUAUUCCAAUGUUAUCCUUGCAGAGUUUUUCCUCAAAAUAUUGUGUAAUUAUUUUCCUAUAAUUACGACAUAAAACUGUAAUUACUACUUUAAUCGCGAUAUGCUGACUCUUAUUACGACGUUCUCUGCUAAAAAACAUUUCAACUUUAUUCUUAACAAGUUAUUAAAGAUUUUUUGGCAUAUUACGAUUUUCUCAUUAGAGGCGGUCAUCCUUUUACAAAGUUCCUUCCGUGUUGCCACUUUUCACCGUUACAAACCUGCGCCCAUAAACACAUUUAAAACGUACCGUAUUUUCCGGACUAUAAGCUGCCACUUUUUUCAACGCUUUAAACCCAGUGGCUUAUAAAAGGGUGCGGCUAAUUUAUGGAUUUUUCUUCGCCAGCAGCCAUAAUGUUUUGUAUUCAACAAAUAGUUUUCAUAUUACACUGACAGAGACACUAAAACGGUGUGUUAUUGUUUAUCUUGUGGACAAGAUCACUGUAGGUUAUGCGGGUUAAAAAUGUACUUCCUGUUUCGUGCCCUGAACCGUAGCUUUUCUGCUUGAGAGGAUUCUUCAUUCAUUGUUCCAAGCAACGUUUGGAAGUUUUAUAAUAUAACUAAAACUAUUUAUACUUACUAAACCUUCUCAUGUGUGUGUGUAGGAGGGUUUUCAUGCAUUUUGUACGUGCUAUCGUAAUGUAAUCAAGCUGACGCCGUAGCAUUAGCGAAUAUAAUAACACGCUGUUAGUAUUAUUACCUUACAAUGGCAUUCUUUUUGUAUUGUUUCAGUUUCGUAAAUUCACCAAAACGUCACCGUGGAGUUUGAAUUGAAUUUGUUUAGCUGAUUGGAGAGCUAGCUUCCGCAGCUAGUAGGUCCAUGACAAUGACUUCUGUUUUGUUUGAUCAGCCGUUUUACUGCCGUGUUACAGACACCUUUGGAAACAAUUAAGGUAUGUAAAUGUACAUUUACAAAAUCUUUCGUACCAGUAAAUGAAUGCAGCUUAUAGUCCGGUGCGGCUAAAAUGGGUAAACGUAUUUUUUUUCUUAUAAAAUUUGGUGGGUGCGGCAAAAAUACCAGUGCGCUCUAGAGGUCGCGGCGGAAGAAUACAGUGUGUCCAUUUUGGGCCGCUACUGAGGAAGAAUAUUAGUUAACUCAAACGUAAAUUAUUCAUAUAUGUAAAUUAGACACCGUAAAACAAUCAACAUUGGCCGCCUGCCCAGUCAAAUGCUGCAACUGCCAUGAAGGGUAAAGAUGGUGUCUUUGAAUAAGUUCAAAGUUAAAGUAGCAAUGAUUGUCACACACACACUAGGUGUGGCGAAAUUAUUCUCUGCAUUUGACCCAUCACCCUUGAUCACCCCCUGGGAGGUGAGGGGAGCAGUGAGCAGCAAAGUUGGCCACGCCCGGGAAUCAUUUUUGGUGAUUCAACCCCCAAUUCCAACCCUUGAUGCUGAGUGCCAAUGGGUCCCAUUUUUAUAGUCUUUGGUAUGACUCGGCCGGGGUUUGAACUCACAACCUACCGAUCUCAGGGCGGACACUCUAACCACUAGGCCACUGAAUAAGUGAAAGGAUAUUUACUAUGAAAUGAACAGUGAUAAUUAAGCAGCAUAGUGGUCUCAUUAUUUAGACUUCCUCCCCCCAAAGGGUUUCCUGCCAUCCCUUGCAAACACACGAUCAAAGUAAGCCGUUGUUCCAUUUUUUAUGACUGUUUGGAUUUCACCUUUUUAUUUGGUAAUCACUUAGAUAUAAAGCCAGACUAGAACUUAAUUUUUACAUCGCAGUGGUGAUAACAACUCGUUAAUAACCCGAGGACCACGUCUCAUUUUUAAAAUGAUGUCAUAAUAUCAAUUAAGAUGCUUUUAUACUACAGCUUUAAUCUUGUCAAAUUGAUUUGUGUAAUAUCAUGACUUUAUUUUUGUUAACCAAACAAUUUUCUCCGUUUAACAAUAACCUGAUUUCAUUUAGGAAUCAUUUCGGUAUACAUUCCGACUUUCACUCAAACUUAUCGCGGUUGUUGGAAUGGAAUUUGAGCUCCUGAAUAUUUAAAAAAUCACGGUCUCAAUCUUGUAGAAUUGAGAUGUUUUUCUCGUGAUAUUACAAAUUUGGUCUUGUAAAAAUAUUUACUGUUGACAAAGUGUAACAUUUUUAAUCAGAUUAAUCAGACUUUUGAAUUUGGAUUACCGUAUUUUUCGGACUAUAAGUCGCAGUUUUUUUCAUAGUUUGGCUGGGCUCCAAUGCGACUUAUAUAUGUUUUUUUCCUUCUUUAUUAUGCAUUUUCGGCAGGUGCGACUUAUACUCCGGUGCGACUUAUACUCCGAAAAAUACGGUAAUCUUGAUUAAUGCAUAAUUUAACUUAACUUAAACUGAAAUGCAAUUUUUAUUGUCACGCCAUCCAGGAACAUUUUAUAAAUGUUUUACACGAAUGCACGUCAUUUAUUUGCUCAAAACUUGAUAACAGUUUUAUCCAAAGUCCCGUCUGGGUUUAUUACUAUUAUUAUUAUUAUUACCAUGUAAUAUCCAUGGUUACGCUUAAGAGGCAUGUACGCCUACGAUGAAUUGCGUGAAUACUCCGCGUAUAUACAUGAUUCAUGUGAUAACUUUUUAUGAAUGUUCACAUACAUUAAGUUAACUUAUCUGACUGACGGCCCUAGUACUGCUACACAUUUAUUUUCGUUAUCAUUUUGUAAAUAAAAAGAAUAAAUUGUCAUAACAUCAUUUACAAGUGGGGAUGGAUACCGAAUUCGGUACUUUUAUAGACACCGACCGAAUUAUGUCGGUACUAUUAGGUAUCGAUUCACGUCAAAUCAAACCGUCAAUUAAAGGAUCAUUCAGGCAGCACUCAGCCAAACUCCCUUUAAGUAAUGUUGCAAUUUUCAACACCAACAAAACAAGUAUCCUUGGUAAAAAGAAAACGCUCAAACGUAAAGUAAGGCUUCACUCUUUCAAAACGCGCUAGCUUGAUGCUAAUUUACAGUGGAUUUUCCUUUAACAAGCUACUAUUAGCAUUAGCCAUUUUACAAGGCAAUUUCAACACCUCCAAGUUUGGCCAUGAAAACUGCAACUAAGAUGAAUGCUACAAUUGAACAGCUGUUGUGUACUAAGCACAAUACUUGGAGUGUAAACACUUUGUAGGGCGCAGCGUCCUGAAAAAAGCUACGGUACUGCCAUCUAAUGUCUUGGAAGGGCAACUGCAUUGCAAAUGAGACUUAAACAUGUAAUAAAGCAAACAUAUAUGACAGUUGGAAAGCUCCUUUUUAAAUAUUACAUAAAAAAAUUCAAUGUUAUACUCAAA